GAGUAGUUUCCCCUUAUGUCUCGUGAGUUCUAACCACAUACAACAAAAUGGCAGACGUCCCAGAUAGUGGGUCCUCCGAAAAUCUUACUGAAUCAGCUUCUCCAUCUACAGAUUCGGAAAAUGAAGAUUCUUCUCCACCCCCGCCUCCACCGAAGAAGACUCAUUUGCUACAAUGGAUGGAAAUCACUGUAUCAGAGCCAGAAAAAAGGACCAUACCAUCCAUGAAAAUGCAAGAUACAUAUAUUGUGUACCUUGUUGAAACAAGAGUUACUGACCCUGAAAUGAAAGGUUUUGGUGAUGGGGCAACUUCAGUGUGGAGGCGUUACAGUGAAUUUGAAUUGAUCAGGAAUUAUCUAGAAGCAAUUUACCCACAAGUUGUAGUCCCACCUUUACCAGAAAAAAAGGCAACAUUUCUCUGGCAGAAUGCACCAUCUGAUAAAUUCAACUUGGAAUUUAUUGAAAGGAGAAGAGCAGCUCUAGAGAUUUUUCUACUACGUUGUUCAUCGCAUCCAACUCUCUGUGCUGACAAAGUGUUUGUUAGCUUUCUUCGACAGGAUUCUGGAUGGAAGGAACUAGCUUAUGCUACUGAGUUUCAAAGCAAGGCUGAAUCUAGAAUUAAAAGUCUUAGUGCUGCCUUUCGACUUAAAAGACCAGACCGACAAUUUGAAGAGCUUAAAAACUACAGUAACGAACUUCAAUCCAUUAUUUCAACAAUACUGAAAAUCAGAGCAAAACUUGCCGACCGGCUUUAUGGUAUUCACAAAAUUCAUGCUAAUUAUGCCAGAGACGCUGAAUGGAGUUCUUUAGAGAAAGAGAUGAGUGAAGGCUUGAAGGGAUCUGGACAUUAUAUGGAUGUUUUUGCUAAUUCUGUUGAUGCAAUCUUGGAGGAGGAAGAACAAUAUGCAGACCAACUCAAAGAGUACUUGGCAUUUGCUGAUUCUUUAAGGUCUGUUUGUCGAAAAUAUGAAUGCAUACAGUAUGACCUGGAAAAAACUGAAGAAUGUUUGUCAACAAAAGGAAGCCAAAAGGAUAUGUUGAAUCAAGGGAAACAGCAAGGUGGCUUUACUCUUUCAAAUGUCAAAACCAAACUAUUUGGAGGUGAUACACCUGAGCAAAGAGACCAGAAAGUUAAAGUCCUUGAACAGCAAAUUCAGGAUUCUGAAGUUGAAUUAAAAGUUGUUACAGCAGAUACUCAAGUUUUCAUGGAGCAAGCACUCAAAGAUAUUGAUAGAUUUGAGAGACAAAAGGUGAAAGACUUAAAGGAAAUAUUCACAAACUAUGCUAUUAUGCAAAUAAAGCAAUCAAAAAAGGGUAUUGCAAUUUGGACCAGUGCAAAAGAUUGCUAUGCCAAGAUGUAAAUGAGCAAAUCAAAAAAAGCAGUAGUCCCUGAUCAAAAAUGGUUCCUAAACCUCUGCAGCACAUCUCAUCAUAAGAGCAGUCUUUCUCUACUCAAUGAGAAUUUUUUUUAUUUUGUUUUUUGAGUUUUUGUCUUUUUUUUUGUCAGAAAGUGUAUGUUUAAAACUAAAAAAAAAUUUUAAAAAGCAAACCCAUAAAAACAACAACGAUGAAAAUAUUUAAAUACUCCUUCCACAAAUCCCUUUUUUCUUCUUCUUUUAUUUAUCUAUUUAUUCUUUAAAUGGACUGGCAGUAAUUUAAAUGAGAUUUGCUUUUGGCAAAGCUGUGAAACCUGAAGUUUUGCAGUUUCCUUAAGUUUUUUUUGUUUUUAUACUUAUUAUUUAAUGAUGAUUAUUUAAUCUACUAUAUUUACAUUUAUUGAGGAUUAAUCUAUAAUUGGACAAAGUCAGAAAAUAUAAACAUAUAUUUAUUAGUUGGCUUAAGCAGUUUGUAUGUGAGCCUUUGCCUUGCUCUACUGUUGCCUUACAUUCCAAUGAUUUUCGGUAAAACUCUACUUUCUGCUUGCUUUCUUUUUUUUUCUUUUUUCCAUCCUCUAGUAACAAUACAUUCCGUUAAAGUGUAAUUAUACAUUAGCUUCAUAUAUUUUCCAAUAUAUAUAAAUGGAUGAAUGAAUUAUCCUUUGUUUACCGUUAACAUGGAAAAUUCAAUAAACAGUUACCAGGGUAGCAAAAUUCACACAAGUAACACUAUAUAUAUAUAGUUCAUGUCUCACUAAGAAGCAGUGCACAGUAUAGGAAUUAGUGUCUGCAUAAGUGGAAUGUAAACCAGACAAUUUGUAUUGGCAUCAAGUCAUAUAAGUUGUAAUAAUGAAAUCAAAUCCAAUUUUGAAAUGUUUUAAGUGAAGAAGGUUUACCUAAUGGAUGCAUUUCCUAUUAUGUAUUAAGCAAACCUGAAAUGUAUUAAAUGAUUUCAAAAUGUCACUAUUACAUUUGACUUCAUUGUCAUAACACACACAUAUAAUGCUAAAGUGUUAAAGUGUAACUACACUCAUAUGUAUACAUAUAUAUAUGUUUGUAUGUAUAUAUGAAACUAGAGUGUAAGUAUGCUUAUAUAUAUUGCUUGGUUUAUAGCAGUUUGUGGAAAUAUGAUUAUUGCUUCAGUGAGUAAAUUUCCCUACAAAUAUUUAAUAUUGCUAUUUGAUUGGGCUGGGUCUUUUUAUAUAGAUAUUAUUUACCCAUUCUGAUCAUGUAUACAAUAAUUAAAAGUGGCAUGGCAAUGUUACUAAACCAUCUUGGUUUAUUAGCAUACAAACAUAUCCAUGAUACUUUGAACCAUUAUAACAGCAAUCUGAAUUUAUCUUGGUAUACAACCCAGCUUUAUCUUGCUUAUAUAGUUUCCAUGUGGCGCUUAACUGGAAUUAGCGAAAGUAGCCGGCCAUAAAAUUCUUGCUUCAACGUUAAUCAUGCAAAAUCUGAAUUUUUCUGAAGCAACCAACAAUCCUUUGCUCAUAGAGAUGGAAAAUAUUCAAUUCUGAUUUCAUGUACAAUUUCUGCUAACAGAAAAUUUAAUAUUUCAAUGUCUAUAUUUAUUGAGUCAACCAACUGUUUAGGUCUUGAAAAUAAUGCCAUGAAGGCUGUCAUACUUUAACUAAAUUUGGUUAUUGUGGUAUUACGGUUAUGUUUUCUUUUUUCUUUUUUUCUUAUGUUACCCCAGUGUUAUAAAAAUCUUAAUUCUCUGUUUGCAAUUUUCCCACUUAUAUCAAAAUUUGCUGAUCACUAUCCCUGCUUUUGUUUUAGAUUAUUUGUUCUUACAGCUACUUCAAGUGCUCUUCAAAAAAUAGUUCUUGUCAUAUUUUUAGAGAUAAUUAUUCAACUAAAAAUCAAGGAGAAACCACAUAAUUUACUAUAAAUUGCAAGUUUUGUUUAUUCUUUUCUAAAAUAUUUAAAUAUUAAAGAAAUAACAAAAAAACUUUCCAUUUCAAAACUAUUUUUUAAUUAAAAUUUCAUGAAGCUUUGAAAUUUGCAUGUAUUAAUUUUUUUUUUCCCUCUUUUCUUACUCCUCCUUUCUAUCUUUUCCUUAUAUGCCAUGGUUGAUUUUGGGAGCAGUGUUUCAGCUGUAAGAAAUCUUCAAGGUUUUACUGUUACUAUGGUGUAGGUUGUACACAUGAAGGUCCACUUAAUUCAAGCAAACAUUAAAAUACCAGUGAUGAGAUAAAAUGAUUAUAUGCUUUGUGUAUUUAGAAGUAAUUGGAAGUUGAAAUGCUGGAAGAAUUAGCCCAGAAGAUUUUAUCUUCUCGGAGAUAAAAGGAAUAAAUCAAUUCAAGUUUCAGCCAAAUUUCACUGACAUAAAUAUUUCUUGCUCAACAGUUUACAUCAUUUGUUCACAUUGGUUUACUGCAAAAUGACAGAUUUUGAAUUAGGUAAAGUACUUGUGUUCUGAUGGAUUAUGUCAGUCAUUUCAACAAUUAUGCGUGAGGUUGUAUUUUAAAGUGGAAUUAAUGGAUCUGCAUAUUUUCCAUGCUUAAUGGAAAAUAUUAAGCCAUCAGCUAUUGAUCAUUUGUGUCAUUUCUUUUCCUUGCUCUGAAAACUAGAAAGCAAUAAAUAAAAUCAGAUGAUUAAGUAUCAGUACAAAUUUCAAAUCCCCUAUAUCAGUUAAGAAACUUCUGGUAUAAUAUCUGUUUCAAGUUUUCAGUCUGUAUUGUAUUUGUGAUGCUUUACAGAAAAUCUUCUCUUUAACCAAAAACAAAUGCCAUAUUAGUGUUCUUAGUUUAAUUACCAUUCUACUAUAAAUCAAUGUUUACCACUCAGAUGAUAACCUGUUAUGCAUCUGCAUUAAAAUCAGUUACUACACUCACAAUAACCUGCACGGGUUUCCUUGAUCUGUCUCUAUUUAUCACUGAAGAUGGGGUUCAUUGUUAAUGAACAUCAAUAGUAUUUAAGUUGAUUGUAGAACAAUUUUAGCAGACACAAAUUGACAGAGAUUUGUCGUCUGUUAUAAAAAUUGUAUUAUACUUGGUUGUGAGAAUCACCUACCUAUAUUUGUAUUUUCUUUUAUAAUUCUGUAUUAACAGAACUUGGGGGGAAAUAUAGGUAAAUGUGAGCAAGAUGCACAUAAGUAGUAUGUGUGUCUAUGCCUUUAGAAUUUAUGACUGACAUGAUAAAAAAAAAGGUAAUAACAAAGAUACUUGAUCUCAAAAAUCACAAACCUCUUUGUUAUGCUUCAAUAAAUGUUAUUUGUCAGAUA